UCCAAGAUGGCGGUGCAGGUGGAGUUGUGUUGUGUGGAGAGUUUCCCCUCACACCUGAGUCCUCUGGAUGGUUUGAUACUAAGGUCUCAGCUGGACUCGGUUUUCCAGAAUGACACGGACCCGCCGACCGUCCUCUUCGUCCCGCAGCGGCCUCAGAGCUCCGGGGGGCCGGGUAUUUUACUGUGCGUUCACCCGACAACCGAGGAGGAGACAGCGGGAUGCGGAGGGAGGAACUCCCCCAGAGCCGACACCGAGUCCCGUAGCCGGGUCCGGCUGUACACCAGUCGCUUCUUCCUUCGGCACCACGGGCUCCAGCGGCUCGGCAGCUCCGGGACCGUCCGGGCUCUGGAGCCGGUCAGCCUGGACAGAGUGGUGCUGGGAGCCCGCAGCAGGCAGAGUCUCCGCCUGGCCGGAGCUGAGCAGUUCACAGGCGGGCUGCUGGAACUCUGCCGCCCGGGACAGUGGCUGCUGGCCCGGCAAGGGGACCCGCUGAUGCUUCCCCGACACCCGCUGCUGGGAGAGGACCCGGGACAGCAGCAGCUGUUGGACCUGUUGGUGUUGGAGUGCAGUCCUGUAACACAGGGGCGGAUCACGGCCGACACCUCUCUGGUUCUGACGGACUGCUGGGACUCGGUGGACCCCCCUGGCGCCCCCCCGCCCUGCAGACCGUUCAGACUGUGCGUGUCAGACUUUGCUCACUACGCCGACGGCCUCGGAGGGGGGCGGUCUCUUCUCGACAACAGGAAGCUGCUGGGCUCGGGGUUCUCGGGCAUCCUGCAGGCGCUGGAGUGCAGGGUGGACGUCCGCGUGGUGAACACUCAGCGAUGGGUCGGGGUCAAAGGUCAGCAGGGAGCAGCUGUGGACGUGGACAGCUGCGUGUUUGUGAGCAAACAGCUGCUUCUGCGGCUCGGCCUGUUCAACCAGGAGUGGGUGAAGCUGUCCAGGCUGGGCGGAUCCUCCAGACCCCCGCCGGCUCAGGCCGAUGUCAGGGGGGGGGUCUGCAGGGACCGGCUGGUGUCUGUGGUGGUGGUGGAUUUAACACAGAGUUCAGACCUGCAGAACCAGGACGAAGUCGGUUUCAUCUCAGCGACUCUGUGGUUCAACAUGACUGAAGGAGAAAUGAUCCCAGUGAGCAGCUGCACGCUGAGGAUGAAGAGGUGGAAACCGUCUCCCCCGGAGCCCGGCGGUCGCUCCGACAGUUUCUGUCGCUCGGCUUCUCCGCCACUCGCCAGCGAGCUCCACAUCCAGCCGGUGGCGUCUCCGCUGCACAACAACCUUAGCUGCUACGACAACCUGCUGUCUGAACACUUCAGCACGCACAGACUGGUUUCACAGGGAGACAUCUUAUCGGUUCCAACUGGAAAACAUCCAGACCUGCUGGAGAACAACUCUGAGGGCGUCCACAGGUGUCCAGUGCUGUUCUUCAGAGUGCAGAAGGUGUGUCCGUCUGCUGAGAGAGAAGAAGAAGAAGAAGGAGGAGGAGGAGCUCACCUGGCGGACAGAUUUCACACCUCACUCUACAUGGGAGCGUCCACCAACAGCCCCGUCCCCUGCUGCUUGGUGGAGGGAGCGUCCCUGUGGAGCAGUCUGUCUCCUCCGGGCCUCAGCAAGACGGUGGACCUGAUCAGCAGCAUCGUGCUGCCCCACCUGCACCACAGCAGCUCUCUGUCCGGUUGCACCGUCCUCCUCCACGGUCCGGCAGGAAGCGGGAAGAUGACGGCGGUCGGCGCGGCGAGUCGCAGACUGAACCUCCACCUGCUGAAGGUGGACUGUGUGAGCGUGUGCGCCGACACUCCUGCAGCCUCUGAGGUGAAGCUGACGUCGGCGUUCCGUCGGGCCGACGCCCUGCAGCCGUGCAUCCUGCUGCUCAGGAACCUGCAGCUGCUGCUCAGAGCCAGAGGGGGCGCCGAGGAGGACGGGAGGGUCCGGGCCACGCUCUGCCAGCUGAUCAGCAGCGCCCCCACCAGCGUGGUAGUCAUGGCGACGGUCUGCAGACCUCGGGAUCUGUCCGCGGGUGUCAUGGCGGCGUUCGUCCACCAGGUGGCGAUCGAGAGUCCCACUGAAGAGCAGCGGCGCUCGAUGCUGCUCAGCCUGAGCCGAGACCUCCAGCUGGGGAGGGACGUGAACCUGGAGAGACUCGCCAAGCUCACAGCGGGUUUCGUGUUGGGGGACCUGCAGGUUCUGGUGUCUGAAGCCGGACGAGCUUCCUGCAGGAGGCUGAUCCAGAGCUGUGGUGGUCGGGAGGAGGAGGACCUGUGCUCCAGUGGAGUGACCAUCCAGAACCAGGACUUCACCUCGGCCCUGGAGACCCUGCAGGACGUCCAGUCCAAGGCCAUCGGAGCGCCGAAGAUCCCUGAUGUGCGGUGGGAGGAUGUCGGAGGUCUGCAGCAGGUGAAGAAAGAGAUCCUGGACACGGUGCAGCUCCCUCUGCAGCGUCCAGAGCUCCUCUCUCUGGGUCUGAGCCGGACCGGAGUCCUGCUGUACGGACCGCCGGGGACCGGGAAAACCCUGCUGGCCAAAGCCGUGGCCACUGAGUGCUCCAUGACCUUCCUCAGCGUCAAAGGUCCAGAACUCAUCAACAUGUACGUGGGUCAGAGCGAGGAGAACAUCAGAGAAGUGUUCUGCAGAGCGCGCUCAGCAGCUCCCUGUGUCGUCUUCUUCGAUGAGCUGGACUCUCUGGCUCCCAGCAGGGGGCGCAGUGGAGACUCUGGAGGGGUGAUGGACAGAGUCGUGUCUCAGCUGCUGGCCGAGCUCGACGCUCUGCACUCGUCUGUCGGGGUGUUUGUGAUCGGAGCCACAAACCGUCCGGACCUGCUGGACCAAUCCCUGCUGAGGCCCGGCAGGUUCGAUAAACUGGUCUACGUCGGCAUCAACGAGGACCGAGUCUCUCAGCUCCAAGUUCUUCAGGCCAUCCUCAGAAAGUUCCAGCUGGAUCCUGCGGUGAACCUGCAGGACGUGGUGGAUCGCUGUCCGGCUCACGUGACCGGCGCUGACCUUUACGCUCUCUGUUCAGACGCCAUGACGGCCGCCAUCAAGAGGAAAAUCUCUCUCAUCGACGAAGGUCUGGACUCAGAGGACUCCCCUGUCCUCCUCUCCGUUGAGGAUUUCUCCACAGCGUUAGAAAACUUCAAGCCGUCUGUGUCGGAGCAGGAGCUGCUGCGAUACAGAAACAUUCAAGAGAAACUCACCGUGAAGUGACACCAGGAGAAAUAGAUUCCAAGUGUUCAUCCUCAGAGACUGACGGACGACCACGUCCACACUUCAACACUUAACCACAUGUUUUAAGAGGCUGAGGACUUGCUUGACGGUCUAACUGUAUAAUUAAGGAAUCAUCUUUGUAUAAUACUGUAAAGCAAUGUAAA